AACUGUUAGAUUGGAAACAUUUGUAAUGGAAGAAAUACAAUUAUAUGGAGAGGUAAAUAAUAAAAUAUCGAGACAUGGAGAUAUAAAUUAAAUUUUUUUCUCCAAGCAAUGAAGUGUGUAAUUCCUGGACCGAAUGUUAAAGUUCUAGCACGUGCUAUCCAUGCCUUGUGUCGAAUUGGAGAUGAACUUUACGUUGAGCCAGAACCUGCUAAACUUUCAUUUCGAGCUGUCAGUGCCUCCAAAUCAGCGUACGCAUCAUUUUCUUUUUCAGAGAGCUUUUUCUCAUAUUAUAAUUACGAGCAAACAAAGAGUCAAGAAGAGGAUGUUACGUGUAAAGUGUCAAUGAAGUCAUGUGUGGCUGUGUUCCGCUCUCCAACCCACUUGGACAAACAAGUGGAAGCCUGCCAGAUUCGACUGGAACCAGAUGGUGUUAAGUUGAUAUUUGAAUUUCACUGUCACCAUGGCAUUAUCAAGACUCAUUACUUGCCUAUCAUUGAGUGUGAAACAUUAGAAGCAGUGUACAGCAAAGAUAUGGUGCCAAAUCGAUUGGUGGUGCAACCUAAAUUAUUGACAUUUGCUGUGAUGAAUUUCCAGGCAAACACACUGGAACUUACAUUGGUUGUCACGCCUCAAAAAAUGCAGCUUCGGAAUUAUGCUGAAGAUGAAAAUGAAAUGAAGAAGACGGUACGGACUGAGCUGUGUCUGGAGCCAGGAGAAUUUGACCACUAUAGCAUUGGGGUAGACACAUCUGUCACUUUCUGUUUAAGAGAGUUCCGAGCAUUAUUAUUGUUUGCUGAGGCUGUUAAUCUGCCUGUUGCAGCCAGUUUUGAAACAGGUGGCAGGCCAAUUGUAUUUGUGGUCAAAAAUGCCCCAACAUUUGAGUCCAAUUUUGUUUUUGCUACCUUAAUGCCAAUGGCAAACAACCAAUUGAAUACUUCACAACAGAGUUAUGAAACUGUUCCGCAUACUAGUCGGGCGAAGACGGGGACAUCUACUAAAAACUGUGAUACAGCCCACACUGCGUGCAAGAGGAUAUUAUCCCCCAUACAUGCAACGGAGAACAGCAUUCACACACCUGCAGCUGUUUCAGGACCAUCCAGGAGAUGCAACAGCUCCAAAGAACACGGUUCCCAGAGUAUGACUGAAAAUGUUAGUGAACUUUUACCCAGACUCCGCAUGCAAGAAGACUGUGUUCAAGACAAUGGCAAUACCCGAGAUGCAGAAAACACAGCUGGGGAAGAUGCAGUGCCUGGAACUCCGCCCCUACCUGCAGCAAAAAAGGCGCGGUAUAUAUUCAGUCGCUGUUUUGAAGCCACUUUUAAUUCUCAGAUGUUACCAGGAUAUGAUGAAGUGCUUGCAGAAGAUUCUGAUGAUGAAUCUAACAAAAGAACAUGAUAGUGCGCGUAUCAUGUUACAUAUUGUUAUUUAAGUCUUUUACGGUGGGUAUUAUGUUGUUCACAAUUCAUGGCACCCCCAAAGACGGAACUUAAGACGGAAUAGGGAGAGUUUUCAGUCUGCACAGUCGAUGCCUGUCCCUCUGUUAUGUACUUGUUUGAUUUGUGACUGGAAUAGAGAGUCUGGCUUACUGUGAUAAUAUAUUUUGAUAUGAGGAGAGAUUAUGAAAGUUGCAUUUCUUUCACCAGUUCAAUUAAUUAUCUUAAGACUUUUACUUAAUAUCACUUAUUUCAAAGAAUAAUCUGUUAGUAUAAAAGAUAUUGUAAAAUAGCUGAAGUAGCAAUGAGAACAGUGAGAGGAGACAAGAAACUCUGUGUAGGAUUUGAGGUUUUCACUGCAGUGAGUCUUAAGAUGGCCGUCUUCUGGUUUGUUGCGCCGUGUAGUCUGGUAGAAGUUUACUGGCAUUUAAGAGGUCCUUGCUGCCUUCAUCAUCAGAUAAUGGAGGCCGCAAGGACCUCUGAAAUGUCGUUAAACUUCUACCAGACUGCACGGCGCAACAACCCAGAAGACAGCCAUCUUAAGAAACUCUGGAUUUGUACACUCAGUUGCCCUAAUAUCUUAGAAAAUAGAUUCUCUUCUGCGUAUUUACAAAGUCCAGUGUAAUUUGGAGUACAUAGCUUUCCCAGAUAUAUUUUUGUGAUUUUGUAUCUCUCAUUGGUUUUGAUGUUCAUUUAUUGCAGAUACAAAUUUGUUGUUGUUGGCAAAUCUAUUCAGUUACUUUAAUUUAUUUCAUUUAAUGUACACCAAUUUGAGAAAUAUUUCAAUUUAAAAUCAGGGGUCUAUGAUUUGUUGUGUGUCAGUCUUUUGGACAAACAGUAAAUUAGUACAGUCAGUGUCAGCCAAUAAUACCAAAUGUCAUUGAAUGCUAAAUUGUAUUUCAUAAGAUGAUAGGUGGGUGUGACAUCUCCAUUAUGCAUUUUAUACCAUGCAAAGCGCACAAAAGAGGAACAAAGACAGCUUGCCUACUAUAAUAAUCUGUUUCUCUCAUGUUAAUAUGUAUAUUAAUGAUUAGGAUCAGUGAAUAUUAUAAAUUCUUGUCAGAACUGGUUUGAUAUAUUUACUUUCUGUCAAGUGACAAAACAGAGCAAAAUUCUUAAAACCCUAAUCAAGAUAUUCAGCUCCUGGACUGAUAUCUGUUACUGUGGCUUCUUCUUCUAUGGCUCUCCGGUCCGUAUUCGGUCCAUGGCCUCCUCUCUUUUUUGAGGUUUCGAAACCUUCCUUUUUGUACGGUGCAAGGUUGUUAGCCUUGCGAUCGACCCCCAACCUGGAGGACCAGGGUACCUGUCUUAGUCCGACCUCUCCCCCUCGACCAACCCUACCAGUAGCUAUGCUACCGCCAGCAUAACUCUUGGGGUCACUGAGGUACUCAAGCCCCACCACCACGACAAGGUGCAGGUACCAUUAAGUGAGGCUGUUAUUGUGGCUACUCAUAAGUUUAAUUACCAAAUUAUAAGUGAACUAUGUUUCCAUGAUCUGUAGUUGUGUAAUUCCUUAUCUCUGCACUAGAAAGGGUACGAUUUCACUUUACCAACACAUAUAUUUAAAUAUUCGUAUUCCUUUUCAUGACUGUCAUAAGGAAUAUACAUUAUUCCCUUGUCUCACUCUUACUGGAAGGGUUUCAUGAACAAGAAUGAAAAGUAGCAUUAUAAGUCUUAUACUUUAGCUGUCAUCUAAGUAAAAAUUAGCUUAUACUGUUAAGUUAUUUUAGUCACUAUAACUUAUAAACACUAUAGACAUAUGUGAUGUGGAAACACUGUAGGAAGAAACUGUGUGAAAUACCGAAAACCAAAAUUGUUUUAUUUCUGUUCACUAUUAAAUUUACAACAGAAGAAUCAGAUGUUUUUGUUAAUGCAGUGCUAUUAUGCAGAAAACAAAAUCAGCAUAAUCACACUCGAGAAACCAACUUUUUACAUUGAAAUCAUUAACCUAAUUUUCUGUCUGUACAAUAUCUGUUUUUCAAUUCAAUUUUCAAUGAACUUAUAAUUUCCUGUUAAAAUCAUACGCACAGAAUUUUUGAAAGCCACGUGCAAAUUACGGACUAUUGGCACCAUGGAAAAUUUGCUGAUUGUAUUGAAAGCCGUGUUUAACAGGCGCUGUCAAAGAUUAUACUAAAUAUUUUUGCAAAAGCCUGUCCUGUUUGUUGAGUGUACAGUGAGGCUCAACUGGUUAAUGUCUACAAGAAAAAUUGAUGCCCCGAGUCUUAUCUUUAUGUGCACAUGGUGUUUGGGAGGCAGCAUUAAAAUACAAAGUGUAAAGUUAUUCUAUUAUUUGUGAAACACAACAUUUUAUUUUGAAAUACACAACAUAUCUUGGGUUACAUGUUUUGGCACUUGAUUGUAUUGACGUAAAUACGUCUAUAUGGAAGGGUUAUUCCGCAAAAAAGUGUUACGAAAAAGUGACAGGAAAAAGUGUAAGAUGAUUACCUAGGAAUAUCAACAGUUUGUAAAUAUGGACUGACAACAAUGGUCAGCUUGCAUGCAUUGUUAUGUUACCUAGGAAAUUUCAUCUGUUUACUCGGCAUUACAUUACCAUUUAUUUAUUUAUUUAUUCAGCGUGCCCCAUUACAAGAUUGUUAUAUUACAUUCAUUAAUGUAUAACACGUUAACAGAUUACACAAUUGUAAUAUCGUGAUUCAUUGCCACCGUUUGUACCUAUGUUCCUGUGCUAAACUGUAUUAUAAUCUAUGAAUUUAAUGAAUGUAUUAAAAUGACCUAAAUAUUUUUGAACAAGUGCUUCAUGUAACACUGGCCAUGUGCCAGCAUUCUUGACUGUUGCAUCUAUUAAUUUA